AUGCGGCACGCGAGCUACCCUUGCCUGCUGGCCGCCGGCCUCGCGCGGCUGCUUCUCGUCUCGACCGCCUCGGCGACGACAAACGGCCUCCCCGCGGGCCUGCUGAAGCUGGGCGUGCCGAACCGCAUCCUCCCUCCGGAUGACGACUUUGUCGUGUCGGUCGACGGCGACGGCCACGACCUCGUCAAGCGCGCCAACGCCUCCAAGAUUGUCGUCCACACGGGCUACUUUCAGCAGCUCAUCGACCACAAGAACCCGUCGCUGGGCACCUUUACCCAGCGGUACUGGUGGAACGCCGACCACUACGCCGGGCCCGGCUCCCCCGUGGUCAUGAACGCGCCCGGCGAGAACAACGGCGACGGGUAUCAGGGAUACACGACCAACCGCACCCUCCCCGGCCUCUUCGCCCAGGCCUCGGGCGGCGCCGCCCUCCUCCUCGAGCACCGCUACUGGGGGGGGAGCUCUCCCUUUACCAACCUCACGGCCAAGACGCUGCAGUACCUGAACCUCGAAAACUCCAUCGCCGACCUCGUCUACUUUGCGAAGAACGUCGACCUCGCCUUUGAUCCCACCGGCUCCUCGAGGCCCGACAAGGCGCCCUGGGUGCUCUCCGGCUGCUCGUACCCCGGCGCGCUGGCGGCCUGGACAAACGUGCUCGCGCCCGGCACCUUUUGGGCGUACCACUGCUCGAGCGCCGUCGUCGAGGUCAUCUCGACCUUUUCCGAGUACUACGACCCCAUCGAGGCGGCCAUGCCUCGCAACUGCAGCGCCGACUUUCGAAAGGUCAUCGCCCACGUCGACCGGGUGCUCAGGGACGGGCCGACGGAGAAGCGCCAGCGGCUCAAGAACCUCUUUGGGUUCGGCAACCUCACCCACGACGACGACUUUGCCUCGUCGCUCAUCGGCGGGCUCGUCGGAUGGCAGGGGACGCAGUUUUACACCGGCUACACGGGCCUGCACCGCAUGUGCGACUACGUCGAGGUAAGUGAGCUCGCGUUCGCCGCAGGCCUGGACAAGGAAACCGCGGAGCUGACGAGAGAGCAGAACAAGUGGCCCGGCAGCAAAUCGAGCACGCCCGGGGAGGAGGGGGUCGGCCUGUGCAAGGCCGUCAAGGGGUUUGCCAAGUGGUCCCGCGAUGUCAUGAUUCCGGGCUCUUGUGCGACCUACGGAUACUGGAAGGACAACAACACGGUCGCCUGCUACGACUCGUACGAUGAGCUGUCCCCGACCUUUACGGACACGUCCGUCAACAAUACCGUGAACCGUCAGUGGAUGUGGUUCCUCUGCAACGAGCCGUUCGAGUACUGGCAGGUCUGGGGCCCCGAGUCGACGUCCGGCCUCGUGUCAAGCUUCUACGUGCGCGACUACUGGCGUCGGCAGUGCGCGCUCUACUUCCCCAAGGUCGACGGCUACACGUACGGCCUCGCCAGGGGCCGCUCCGUCGGGCAGAUAAACGACCUGACCGGCGGCUGGGAUCACGUCGACACGACCCGGCUCAUGUGGGUGGGCGGCGAGUACGACCCCUGGCGGCCGGCGACGGUCUCUGCCGACAAGAGGCCCGGCGGACCGUUGGCGAGCACAAACGAGGCUCCCGUCUGGGUCAUUCCCAAGGCGGCGCACUGCAACGACCUUAUUGUGCGCAACGGUGAUGCGAAUCCCGUCGUGGCCAAGAUUAUACGAGAAGAGGUGGCCAAGAUGAAGGAAUGGGUCGCCGAGUUUUACACUCGCAACGGACCCAAGAAGCAGAGACGGGCCUUGGAAUUUACUUCAUGA